UCCAUUUCCCAUCGUCCCAGCCUCAAACACAACAGAGAAGCUCCAAGAUGGCGCAAGCAAUUUUCGAGGCGUUGGCAGGAAUGGACAAUCAGACGGUGCUGGCUGUACAGUCGCUACUGGAGAGUCAGGGAUCGGUUACUGAUCCAUCACCUCACACUGUCACCAGCAGCAGCAUCCAGCCCACCCUCGACGAUGACGAUGUCUUCCUCUGUGGGAAGUGUAAGAAGCAGUUUAACUCUCUGCAGUCCUUCAUCGCUCACAAGCGGGAGCAGUGUCAGGGCAGCCUGCCCUCACUGGCCUCUGUCUCGCUGGCCCCCAGCAACACCUUCACCUCCGUCGCCCCAAUGACCAGUGUGCCGCCUCCACAGCCCAUCAGCCGACAGCAAGUGUCUACGUACAUCACCGUGCCUCACUCUCCACUGACCCAGGCCCUGGUCCAGGGGAACAUCAUCGUCAGUGACGACGUGCUCAUGUCUGCCAUGUCAGCGUUCACCUCCCUCGAUCAGAGCCUGACUCCCAUACAGCCACCAGUGCAGAGCAGUCACAACAUGCACCCGGGGGCUUCGUAUAUCCCCCCUCCACCUCCUCCUCCUCCUCCGCCCCCUCCCCCUACGAUGACCCCCCAGAUCCAGCCCAGUCCCAGUGGGAAUGCCGUGGUGCAGGUGUACAGUCAGAUGAAUGGGACCUCCUCAGAGGGACAGAGCCUGGCCAUGCAGAACUUCCAACACGUCCAGGUUCCCAGUCAGUGUGUGGAGAGCUCUCCGUUCACCACUCCCCCCGUCUACAGUCCCGGAAAGCAAGGUUUCAAAACCAAGACCAGCAGCAUCAUCACCACCUCGAGCAUUCACCCUGCAGCUGAUGAUCUCUCCAACUUCGAGCCUGACAGCACCAAGAACAGGCAGCCCAAGGACACCCUGGCUGUCCAAGAAGGAAAAGGCAAAUUGCAAAAGCUGAAAUGCAAUUAUUGCAACAAGAUGUUUGCCAAGAACUUUGACCUCCAGCAGCACAUCAGAAGCCACACGGGAGAGAAGCCAUUCCAGUGCAUCGUCUGCGGCCGGGCGUUUGCCCAAAAAUCCAAUGUCAAGAAGCACAUGCAGACCCACAAGGUGUGGCCGUCGGGGGUGUCCCGCUCCUCUGUCUCCAUGCAGGUGCUCACUCUCAACUCGCAAAAGGUGGGCGACCAGGAGGAGAGCGAGGUCACAGAAUUAUCGCAGACUGCUGAGCAGCGGGCACUGGUGAAUCCUGCCAGUCUCUCGGGUGAAGCGGGUGCGGGUGCUGGUGCUGGGGAGGUGAAGCAGAUGGUGGUGAUUGACAGCUCCUACCAGUGCCAGUUCUGUCCUGGGAAAUUCGUCACUUACUUCCAGCUGAAGUCCCACAUGAUCCAGCACAAGAACCAACAGGUGUACAAGUGUGUCGUGAAGAAUUGCACUCAGACCUUUGUGAAGCUCGAUGAGUUUGUUGAACACAUCAAGAAUCACGACGAUGAGAUAACAUACCGGUGCCACCUGUGCAGUAAGAUCUUCCCAUCGCUGUAUGAGCUGGGGGUACACCAAUACUCUCACAACCUCUACCCCCAACAGACCCCCAAGAAAUGCCCCACGUUUUACAGGUGUUCGAGGUGUUUGAGUAAAUAUUCCACACCUGAAGCCCUUGAACAUCACCUCCAGACAGCCUCCCACAAUUACCCCUGUCCGCAUUGCCAGAAGGUCUUUCCGAGUGAGAGGUACCUAAGGAGACAUCUCCCAGUGCACGGUGGAGGAGGAGUCUUCAAGUGUCAAAUAUGUAAAAAGUCGUUCAAAACCGAGCACUAUCUCAAGCUUCACCUUCUCAUUCAUUCUGGUGAGAAACCGUUUAAGUGCACAUUAUGUUCAGCAGCAUUUAAUCGCAAGGAUAAAGUGAAGAGGCACAUGCUAACCCAUGAUCCCAUCAAGAAGUUCAAGUGCCCUUUCAGGGUACACUCUGGUUGUACGAAAGAAUUCAACAGACCUGACAAACUGAAGGCUCAUAUAAUCGCACACUCAGGAAUCAAGCCGUACAAGUGCCAGUAUUGCAGCAAGAGCUUUAGCCGCCGCGCCCACAUGGUGGAGCACCAGCACUCGCAUACAGACACCUACACCAUCCGCUGUGCCCCCUGUGGCAAAGGCUUCACCCGUGAGAAAUACCUCAAGCAGCACCGGUGCGGGCUGUUCGCCGGGCGUGGGGAGGAGCGCCAGGCGCGGAAACGGCGUCCCGGUAGCCGCCGGGGCCCCUGCAAACCCAAGAGGGGCCCGGCUGAGAGCCACACUGCCCCUGGGACAGAGGAGGGAGUGGACGGUGGGCAGGCCGGGCAGCGCAGGGAGGAGCACGUCAUCGUCCUGUCAGAGUCCGAGGAGGCAAAUGCCACCACCAAUACCAACCAGAAUUGGCUGACCAUCUCCAGCCCAGGCAACAGCAACUUGACCGAGCUGCCCAGCAGUCAGGGGGUAACUAUGGUUACCGUUCCUGUUUACAUCCAAGCCUCGGAAUAACCAGGCUCUGAACGGACCUUCCCACUACAGCACAGACUAGUUUUUUUUAUAUAUAUUCAAUAAAUAUAUGUAAAUAUGAAUAUAUCAAUAGCUGUCUUGACAGAGAGAAUGAUUAAAAACUUUGUACAAAAUAA